UUUUAUUAAAUUCUUCUUAAAAAAAAAAAAACAUAAGAAUAUAAUAAUAACAACAACUAUACAUGGAAAAGCCCAAAAAUAUCACCACCUAUUCUCUAUCAUUCUCCUUAAUCUCUAGGGUUUCUCAUCCUUCUCUCUUCCUUUUUCUCAAUUCCUUCAAACCCCAAAAACCAAAUCAAACACAAAAUUUCCAAAAAUUACUUAUGCAACCUCCAAAUAUAUUCCUAAUUCAUCAAGGAUUCAUAUAAUAUCCCUUUUUUUUUUCUUUCUAUUAAAAAAAUCAAGCUAUUAUUUAUACGUAUAUAAUGAUAAUAAUCUCUUCUUUCGUUCGUUUCACUUGUUCAUCUUAUAUGUUUAACAAAAUUACAAAUCUUCGUGUUUUUGGUCCUGGAUUGAACCCUUUUGGUCCUUAUAAUUUGGCUAAUCAUUCCAUUUCUCGUUAAACAAUUCGAUCAUGUAAAAUUGAUUGACUUGUGGUUGGUUUUGGUUAAGCAACGUAAAUCAUCAGUUCUUUUUUGAUCUGUUUUUUCUCGUAAUUGGAAAAAAAAUUGGUUAUUAUUAUUACUAUUAUCUUGUGAUUGAGGUGUUGAAUGUUAUGUGAAAUUUGAUCAUGUAAAUUGAUUGAAUUGUGGUUGGUUAGCAAAUCAUCAGUUCUUGUUGUUAUUAGAUUUGGUAAACGGAUAUACGAUUAUAAUUACAAGAAGACUUUUGAAGAUUACGUGUUGUGAUAAAGAAUUGGAUUGGUUUUUAAUAUAAGGAAGUGGGGAAAGGAGAAAAUGGAGGAGGAUCAGAGCGGUUCGAUUAGGAGGUCGAGAAGAAUGCGUAUGACUGCAGGUGAUAUGGAUGAUCGUGGUUGGACUCCGCUUCAUAUUGUUGCGCGGAAAGGUGAUUUGAAACAGGUUAGAAGGCUUCUUAAUGAAGGCAUGGAUGCAAAUGUGAUGGCAGGUGGCCCUAAAUCACUUGGUAUGACCCCACUCCAUCUUGCUGCUAAGGGAGGUCAUGUGCGAGUUAUGGAUGAGUUGCUUGAGAGAGGUGCUGAUAUCGACGCUCGAGCCAAGGGUGCCUGCGCAUGGACUCCACUCCAUCAUGCCGCCAAAGAGAAAAAGAAAAAAGCAAUUAAAUUCUUGAUUAGAAAUGGUGCAUUUUUGCCAGAUGACAUCUCUGACACCAGGUUCAAUCCACCACUCCACUAUUGUCCUGGUCUUGAAUGGGCAUACGAGGAGAUGAAGUUGCUUCAGCUAGAGAGUUCAUCAUCUGGCGAGGCCUCCUACAGCUCGGAAAACUGAGGUGGAAUAGAGUUCAGGAUGGACUCCUCUCAACCGUAGUCUACUAGAUAUGAAGUAUUUUCGUCGGUCACAACUCUAGUGUUGCAUUUGGAUUGUGAGCUUUGGAUUUUAUGCUGCUCAAUUUCUUUGUGGUUUGCGUGUUUGGUAUCUUACCAAGUAGUUUGUUACUGCGACUCGCGUCGCUGUAAACAAUCUGUCUGUGUUCACUAUCUGGGUGUCUUAUCGUACUUUGGUGAUGGAUAAAUCUGCUAUAGCUGUUGGAAAUGUCGUCAAGAAAACAUUUCAUAUGUUGAACUAUGUAUGAUUGUGGUUUUGCGAGUUCUAAAGUGUUGUCUUGAA